AUGAAAGGACAGAAAGGAGAGCAGAGCAAACUCCUAACAGGAGGAGACUUACUCAUGGCCUAUGAGACAGAGGAUCAUGAGACUCAAUACUGCUUUCCUGCCAUCAACUCAUCAUGUAUCAAGGGGAAACGCUCCAGACAUGAAUACAAUAUCAUGUAUGUUGUUUUCUCAUUGCUGUCAGUAUGGACUGUGUUUCUGAACCUGCUGGUGAUCAUCUCCAUCUCUCACUUCAAGAAGCUUCACACUCCAACCAACCUGCUCAUUCUCUCUCUGGCUGUGGCUGAUUUGUUUAUUGGACUUAUUGUGAUACCCAUACAGGCCAUCAAACUGAUUGAGAAGUGCUGGUACUUUGGAGACAGUUUGUGUGGACUGUUUUUGGCAUUUACAGGGGCACUCCUCUCAGCAUCUCUUUAUAAUUUAAUUUUAGUUGCUGUUGAUCGUUAUGUAGCUGUUUGUCACCCUUUACUGUACCAACAAAAAAUAACUACUACAAAAACUGUAGUUAUCAUAUGUAUCUGCUGGUUGUGGUCUUCAGCAUACAAUAUUUCAUUUAUAACAGAUAACAAAUAUUUUGAUCCACCAAGCAGAACAUACAGGUGUUAUGGAGAGUGUCCCUUUAUGGUCAGCUUUGCCUGGAGUAUGACUGAUCUGUUCUUGUCCUUCCUUUUCCCUUGUAUUGUGAUUAUAAUUUUAUAUCUUAAGAUAUUUUAUGUUGCUUAUCAGCAAGUGAAAGUUAUAAACUCUCUGAUGAAGGGAGGUAAAUGUGUAACAGAGGGUUCAACGAGGAGGAAAUCUGAGAGUAAAGCUGCUCUGACAUUAGGAAUCAUUGUGACCGUUUAUCUGUGUUGCUAUAUUCCGUACUAUAUCUUGUCUCUUACAGUAAAUACGGUAAUCUCUUUCAAAAUAUUAUCACUACUAUUAUGGACUUUAUAUAUUAACUCAGGUCUGAAUCCUCUUAUCUAUGCUUUAUUUUACCGCUGGUUUAAAGUGUCAGUUAAACAUAUCUUAACUCGUAAAAUAUUUCAGACAGCAUCUUCUUUGGUGGACAUUUUAACAGAUUAUCAUACAUGA